UUUUUCAUUUUCUUUUCUUUCUUAAACUUGUACAAGCUGUAAACAUUAACAUACUCCAAAUCUUUAUCCUUUUGUCUGUUACUAUAUUAUUAUUCUUAUUAUUAUAUAAUAUACUCGGUGGGCCUUUUGGCCUAUAGUAGUACCAGCAAUAGAGUAAUCCCACCACCUCCUGCAGAGCACUUGCAUUUCAUGGCCAAUACCUUACCCAUUUAUAGAGAAACACUCAGAUCUUGAACUCAUUUUUGAAGAAUCCAAGAUAUGGGUUUCCAGUUUUUGCUUAAAGGGUUCUGUUUUCUGCUGUGUGUUUUCUGUUACAGCUCCUUUUAUGCUAGUUCUCAAACUGUAGUUAGUGGAGGUGGUAGUAGUGUGCAAGGUACUGUUUUCAUAGAUGGGAAAUCUUUCAUCGGAAAGAUUGAUGAAGAUUUCAUUUGUGCCACUUUGGAUUGGUGGCCUCCUGAGAAAUGUGACUAUGGUACAUGCAGUUGGGACCAUGCUUCUCUUAUUAAUCUGGAUCUUAAUAACAACAUUUUAUUAAAUGCUGUAAAGGCUUUUUCACCACUGAAGAUCAGAUUGGGAGGCACUUUGCAAGAUAAAGUUAUAUAUGAUACUGAUGAUAAUCAUGAACCCUGCAAGCAAUUUGUUAGAAAUACUACUGAGAUGUUUGGUUUUACUCAGGGAUGCUUACCCAUGUAUAGAUGGGAUGAAUUAAAUGCCUUUUUCAAGAAGUCAGGGGCUAAAAUUAUAUUUGGACUAAAUGCUCUCACUGGCCGGUCCAUACAAUCUGAUGGUUCUGCAGCAGGAGCUUGGAACUAUGCAAAUGCUCAAUCUUUUAUCAGUUAUACUGUCAAUAAGAAUUACACUAUUCAUGGUUGGGAGCUUGGGAAUGAAUUGUGCGGGAGUGGAGUAGGAACUAGAGUAUCAGCAAAUCAAUAUGCUUUAGACACAAUCUCCUUGCAUAAUAUAGUGCAAGAGAUUUAUAGUGGCAUUGAACCUAAGCCAUUAAUAAUAUCACCUGGAGGAUUCUUUGAUGAAAAUUGGUUCAAAGAGUUCGUCGAUAAAACAGGAAAUUCUGUAGAUGCUAUCACCCAUCAUAUAUACAAUCUUGGUCCAGGAGUUGAUCAACAUCUUGUUGAAAAGAUUCUUGACCCAUCCUAUCUUGAUGGUGAGGCUAAUACCUUCAGUAGACUCAAAAGUACCCUCAAGAAUUCUGCAACUUCAGCAACUGCCUGGGUUGGUGAAUCAGGAGGGGCAUACAAUAGCGGCCACAACCUUGUAUCAAAUGCUUUUGUGUAUAGUUUCUGGUACCUGGAUCAACUUGGUAUGUCAGCAGUUUACGAUACAAAAACAUACUGCAGACAGACAUUGAUUGGCGGAAAUUAUGGUUUACUCAACACAACUACCUUUGUACCAAAUCCAGACUACUACAGUGCCCUUCUUUGGCAUAGAUUGAUGGGAAGAAAUGUGCUGUCAACGAACUUUUCUGGGAUGAAGAAGAUUCGGGCAUAUGCUCAUUGUGCAAAAGAAUCUAAGGGAGUCACUUUAUUGCUAAUCAACUUGGACAAUAGCACAACUGUUCAAGUGCAUGUCACAUUGAACACCACAGCAACACUGCAUGAUAAGUACAGGCAUCACAGUCACAGAUCAUUUAAAUCUCACAGGUCUCACAGAACAAGGACCAUUCUGCUGCCUAAAGGAUCUGCAGAUAGCACAAGAGAGGAAUAUCAUUUGACUGCAAAAGAUGGAAAUUUACACAGCCAGACAAUGCUACUUAAUGGGAACAUUUUAGAUGUAAAUUCAUCUGGUGAUAUACCUACAUUGGAGCCUCUACGUGUAAAUUCUUCACAGCCAAUAACGGUUACCCCUUUCUCUAUUGUAUUUGUUCACCUGCCAUAUGAUCUCCCUGCUUGCAGGUAGGUAGCACUAGGGGGAACUGAAACCGGUUCCUUAUAAUUGAUUGAUCAAAUAAGAGAUAGAAUACAUUGAAAUGAUACCUCAUUUUUUCUGGUGAAGAAUAUCAUAAGUAAUUGAUUGAACAAGUCAUGUGUAUACUUCCAAUUAAAUGAUAUUUAUGUGAAGAUGUACAAUUAAACAAUUAAUCAUGAUUUCUUGCGAUUUUGGA